GGCUCUGAGAUGAGACCAGUCACACUUGUCUUGAUAGCUCUGUUCACCGGGGCAGUGACUCCCUAUUGCAGAAGACUCUGUCUGACUCUGGACCCGAGCGCUGAGCUACCACACACUAGAGAGGAUGGGGAGACAAGAGGUUCCACUUUAAACAACUCCGCUGGAGACGCUCUCACUCACUGUAGAAUGAAUCCGUUUCUGAAAUAUGAACGCACAAUUCAAGAGGACUGGAUGGUGCUAUUCACUAGAGAGGAGAUCAACAGAAACUCUGAACUUCUACCGGCUGUGACUCUGGGCUACAACGUCUAUUCCAUCUGUGGGAGCAACAAUCUGCUGCGAGCCGUUCUGGAGGCUUUGAAAGGAGGGGAGCAGAGAGAGCCGACAGGACUGCGGAGCUGGAGCCGCAGCAGGGUGCUGGCGCUGGUGGGACACUCCUCCUCUGGUCUCGGCAGCUCCUCACACUGGCUACAGAUGAUCCACCUAUGUACUUGUGCAUGUCUGAGAGACAGAGAUGUUAACCCCAGAGCCAUUCUCCUCAGAGCAGAGUCCAGUCACUGUGCCCAGAACCUAGCCCCGAUGCUGCCCCUGACAUGCUGGAGCAGAGUGGAUGUUGUCUGUGGGACAUGCAUACCGGAGGGUAAAGCUGAGAGUCAGGCUCCCUCACAUGAAGUGAAGGGGUUUGUUCUCCCCGGCCUGACUGAGUUCUUACUAAAUCUGAUACCCUCGGAUGGAUCACAGAGUUCCUUUAUCUGUGACUGGAGCCUGGCUGCUCAGCAGUGGCUGUGCUCCCCUCUCCCUGAGGGCCGAGCAUCGUUCCAGGUCCAUAGGGUCAUGUGUGCAUUGACAACGGCAGCUGACAUGAGAAAGCAAUGCAGCGACAGUCAUACUGAGUCUGACUGUAUGAAAUAUGCUGUGUUGACACCAAACCAGCUACCAAAGGCGGUGUGCAUAAAUAUAUCUCCGCUGGGCAGAUGGAGUGAUGCUAACACAGUAGUAUCACGUUGUUUCAACCUAAAAGUGACGACGGACAGAGAACAUGAACAGAAAAAUGAUGCUAGUAACUAUAUCCCACAUAUCCUGCAGAGCAGCCAUCAGUGUGUCUCUUAUGGCUGGGUGGAAGAAGGACUUGUGGUGACAGCUCUGUUCUGGCUUAUGAUCUACACCAGUAGAUCACACAGAGACACCCCUGUCCUCAGAGCCAACAGAAAGCUGAGCUUCCUGCUGCUCAUCACACAGACUCUGUGUACUCUCUCACCUCUCACCGCCAUUGGCCGGCCCUCUGAAUGGUCCUGUAUGCUGCGUCACACAGCGUUUGGGAUCACCUUCGUCCUCUGCAUCUCUUGUGUUCUGGGGAAAACAAUAGUGGUGUUGAUGGCCUUCAGGGCUACACUUCCAGCCAGUAAAGCCAUGAAAUGGUUUGGUCCUCCACAGCAGAGACUCAGUGUUCUGGCUUUCACUCUCAUACAGGUCCUGAUCUGUGCUCUUUGGUUAACAGUCUCCCCUCCUUUCCCCUACAUAGGGCUCCUAGCCUUCUUGUGCUUUGUUCUGGUCUCUCUGGUCAAUAAGCUACCAUCUAUGCAAGCGAAGUUCAUUCUAUUGACUGUUCUUAUACAUGUACAAUUAGCAGCAUGGCUGCAAACCUCCAGGGCACCAACAAGGUAUAAACUAGUCAUUGAGAUACAUUCAACAUAGCUAGAUGUCUAAACCUAGAAACUGAAAGGUUUUACACGAGGGAUGGUUAACUCCAGUCCUCAAGGGCCUAAUUGGUGUAACACUUUUGCCCCAGUCUCAGCUAACACACCUGACUCCAAUGUUCAACUAAUCAUGAUCUUCGGUUUAGAAUGCAAUUAGUUUCAUCAGGUGUGUUAGCUAGGGAUGGGGGGAAAGAGUGACACCAAUCAGGCACCGCCGAGGACUGGAGUUGCCCAUCCCGGUUGCACAUAAAUUCAUUGUUUUCUAAACACUUGUUAAUAUUAUCCAUAGUUAUAAAAUAGCUUUGUAACCACAAUAAUUUUACUUAACUAGGCAAGUCAGUUAAGAACAAAUUCUUAUUUUUUUUAUGGCCUAGGAACAGUGGGUUAACUGCUUUGUUCAGGUGCAGAAUGACAGAUUUUUACCUUGUCAGCUCUGGGAUUUGAUCUCGCCACCUUUAGUUACUAGUCCAACGCUCUAACCGCUAGGCUACCUGCCGCCCCUAAGAAAUGUAUCUAAUGUCAUCUUAA